AUGAAGCUUCAUGUAGUUCACCAUGCUGCCGAAUCCUCUACAACCCCAGCCCACUGCUCCGUUGCGCUCCCCAUCCCCGUGGCUUCCUCCCUAUCUGACAUCCAUCCCUUCGCUGCCCUUGUCAUCCUCAAGCUCCAACCCUCCACAACACACAAAUCCCAAACCGCGAAACCGCUCUUCGUCGCGUGGACUGGCGCGACACUGGACCUGCCUUAUAGCAUCGGCCUCCACCCCGCCUUCGCCCAAGCCCUCCAACUUGCUAAUGGCACCACACUCACAGCCGCAGUCGUCGAGCGCGUCGUCGACAACCACCCCAAGCACACUGUCAAAUCCGCCUUGAUACGCCCAGUCGCAUACGAUGCUUGUCUCCCUUCCGCGCCGAACGGCAUUCCCGACCCCCAUCUGCCUGCUUCCCAAUCAAAGCAUCCAGACCCUUUUGAGAAGGCACUCCACCAGUAUUCCAUGCUCAGCGGCACCGCAGAUGCCUUAGAGCGCAACAUUCUCGCACAGGUCCGCGUCAUCUACCCAGGCCUUGAAAUUCCGCUCCGAUUGCCGGGACGCGACUCCGUGCUUGUGCGCGUCGUCAAACUCACUCCCCAACCCCACCAUGCACUUCCGCAGGAGCCACCGUACGCACUGCUGGUGGCGGACUCCGAGAUCGAGAUCGAAUCCCCGCCAGUGCGCCCAGGUUCCGUGGACGUGGGCGCGCAUCGGAAAGCCCACAAGCGAGUUUCCGCCUUUUACCGCGUCGUGCCGUAUAGGAAGGCCGCAAUGCCGUCCUUGCCCGAAAACGUCGCUCUGACACAUGCUGUUUUACAUGCAGAUUCUGCAGAAGACGAUGUGUCGUCUCACGGGCUGCGUUUUGCUCUCGCGUCACGAAAGGGUCAUGGCUCCGAUAAACAGCUUGCCCUCCCCAUCGCCUUCUUGUCUCAUCCAGAUGUGCCGAAGGGGCAUGUCUCGCUCCCGCCUUGGUUAUGGAAAGACUUAGAGCUGUCACCGUUUGUACCUGUUCUGUUUGAUGAAAUGCCUCCAUUUGAAAAGGGUGGAAAGGAGAUAGGUGUCACCAAGUUACCAGCAAGUAAUCCUACGAUAUCUUUAUCUUUAACGCAAUUUAUACAAGGCUCGGGUGUCUACUACGACGGCAUGUGUCUACGAGAUGUGCGAAUCCGCUUAAACGACACUGAGACAUCGAACGAGAAGGGAGCAUGCAUGAAGAAAGAUGUAGACAUUUGGGAUAGGGAAGGCAUCAAGGAAAUCCACGAUGAGCCAGGUGCUGCUAGCGACAACCUGUUCGCAGCAUUGCAUGACAACAAUCCAACAGAGUUCCUUGAGAACGCAAAGAAGAAGCGCCUUGUCAAGGAAGGGCGACAGAGCUUCCCAACUCAAACAGUCUGCGAGCCUUCGAACGCCAGAGAGCCCUUGGAAAGCUCCAGUCACACUGUGUCGAGUGCGCUUGGGCCUGGGCCACAGAAGCUUGCAAAUCUAUUUAAGGAACCAAAACAACCGCAACUGCUUUCACCAUCAGACACAUUAUCAUCCCUCACUGCAUCAGAACGUAAUGCGGUAGAGUCUAUCAUUCGUCUCUCCAGUAGUUGUUUCAAAGACCGCUUGGCGAAGAAGCAAAAGCAGAACAUAUGUCGAGCGGUGUCCCUCGAGGGUCCACUAGGGUCUGGCAAGACGUAUGUCUGUAGGGCAGUUGCAUCGCUAUUAACAGAUCUGGCUCUCGUUAGAACAGUUUGGAUUCGAGGAAAGGUCCAUUCAGGUGAACGUCAAGAAGUCUCGAUAAAUCGUAUCCAACGUGCUUUUGCGGCUGCAAUCGAUGGAGGACCAGGUCUGAUCGUCUUGGAUGACCUCGAUAUGUUGCUCGGCAGUAGGGCAAGCGAUCGGGAUAGAGAAACUAACGAUUCCGAUGGCAAAAGUGGCCGCCGAGGGCAGGCCAUAGCACGGGAGCUUGAACACCACAUCAAAAAGCUUCAUUCCGAACCAGUCUUCCUCAUCAUGACAUGUGAGUCGGCAAACGAUCUGGAUUCAAGUUUGAGAAGUCCCGGGAUUCUUCGAAAUGUCGUGCACCUGCCAUUACCAACUGCAACUGAGAGGAUGCUCUUGUUCUGGACAGGCCUGCAAUGUGCAUUUUGUCUUCCAGCGACAAGUAGCGUGCUCUCCUCCAUGAAAAGGGACGGUGAUUCACUACGGGCGCUCUCAGAGGGAUACGGCCCGAAGGAUAUAGUCGUGUCCUUAAAGCGAACUAGAAUUGCGCUGGAAUUGGCAAGGGUGACAGGCGAGGAAGCUGACAAUACUCAGAUACUUCGAUUUCUAACCACAGUUCUCACGUCAAUGACCCCGUCAAGCAGAUCUGGCAUCUCGUUCAGCAAAGAGAAAGAAGGGGAGUCUCUGGCAUGGUCCAAACUGGGAGCUUUAGAAAGCGCGAAAAGUGCACUAUGGGAAUCGCUUCAACUGCCGUCGAGCCGUCCUGACAUAUUUAUCAAAGCUCCCAUCAGGCUGCCCCAUGGCAUCCUACUGUACGGCCCCCCGGGAUGUGGGAAAACCAUGCUCGCGAGAAUUGCUGCAGUAGAGAGUCGUAUGCGUUGUGUGAUGGUAAAAGGGCCAGAAUUGCUCAGCAAGUAUAUUGGGGAAAGUGAAGCUGAGGUCCGUCGUGCCUUUGAGAAGGCUGCCAACUCUACUCCGUGCAUUCUUCUUUUCGACGAGUUCGACUCUUUAGCACCGAGGAGAGGUGGAGAACACACAGGAGUGGCAGAUCGGGUUGUAAACACCCUUCUCACUUGUAUGGACGGAGCGGAACGGCUUAGCGAAGGAGUUUAUAUUAUUGCGACUACCAGCCGACCUGAACUAAUUGACCCUGCGUUGCUCCGGCCAGGAAGACUGGAUCGAUGGAUUCCGGUGGAUAUUCCGUCAUCAGUCGAGGAACGACUUGAUAUCCUCCGAAGCCUCAGCACAGGGUUCUUCCCAUCUGCACCACACGUUGAUACAGCACUGCGACAGGUGGCUGAAGACACCGACGGUUACACUGGCGCAGAUCUCGGUGCGGUCCUGAAUGACGCCCAUUUGCAGCAAGGAAAGCGAGAACGGAUAUCGAAAGAGAUUGAAACAUCGCUCUCAAUUCCGGAGCUCCUCAGGGAUGCACAUCAGCGAAGUCGGCCAUCUCUGUCGCGAUCGCAGAGAGAGUAUUUUGCGAGAUCCAUGCUUCAAUUUGCCCCUCAGGAAUCGAAACAUCAAAAUGGAACUAUUGGAGCCAAUACGCAGAGAACAGCUCAGCUAUUCGGGAAAAGAGUCGCUCUGCAAUAGUUUGUUUCUUCCCUGAAUUAUUAUAGGGAUCCGUCAGGUGUAAAACGUAGGACACACCAAAUACGCUGAUUGUAGGCUGUUGUCGCGUGUAAAGGCACACACAAACAACCU